AUGAUUUGGUCGGUCGAGCGAAUACUAACCCAGGCGUACGGAUUGGUGCCAGAUUUACUCCAUGUGGAUGCGCGAGUGUUGAACACGUUCCAGGCCGGCACCAUCACACAGGAUCCGUUUCAGAUGCUGCAGAACAAGUUGUCAUUUCACAAUUACGUCGCGGUUUUUCAAGCAUUGCUCUGCUACUACAUCCGAGUGUUUGAAGGUCAUUUUGGCCGGGACAUGUUUGUCGUCACCGACGCUCAGGCCGAAUCUCUCACCGCGGCGCUCAGUGUGGCCGAGAAAUUGGUGAUGCUCCGCGCGACAGACUCUGACGGGAAUCCCAGCGAGAUUUCCGAGGUCGACACUCACUUCGAUAUCGAGUCGGAAGGGCAGCUCGAUUCGCUGUCGUCCGAAUCGGAUCAUCAUCUCUUUACAUUCUGUACCGCGCUCGUUCAGCACCAGAUCAUCAAAGCGUACGACAGCGCCAUCAUAUCAUUUCUCGCCGCCCGUUCCACCAUCACCAGCCAUGAAGAUAACACCAUCACGUUUCGUGCCGAGGGCCAGAUCGCCGGCUUACUGAGCAAGUUAAUCUACUGCUGUCAGCUCAUUCUUCUGCAAGACGCCCACUACAUCAAGGAAUUUCAACAGCUAAACGACGUAGAGGUGCCACUUCGAGAGCUCUGUCAGCAUUGGGUCGUCAACAACACUCGAGGCCCGAUCGGCGUGAUGAGUGACUGGCGACUGUACACGAUGCGCGUCGGCGGUGCGGCCAUCCCCGAAGCGCUGGUGGUUUGGGACGCUGACGGUCAGAAUCUAACAUACGGCGACACUCGCUAUGGCAUUACUGAUCUGGCGACGGAGAUGAGUCUGGCUCUUCAAGAGAUGAAGCGAAUCUUUCACGAGGAGCUGUGUCUAGGCUUGCCCGAUGUGCCCACGUUUCCACUGCGAGAGCUCCAAGACAACUGGUCCAACAACCGGCCCGGAUACAGCUUCAUUGAGGAUCCACGCAAUUUGGUUUACUUUGACGGUUGUCAUGACUGGUUAAUCCGACAGAUCUCCCAAAAGACCGACUUACUCGAUCUUGUUUUCCUACAACCCUCAGUCAAGACCGAACCCUCGUUGGGUCAUACGUUGCCGUCUUCGUUGUCUAGCUCUGACGAUCUAGCUGACCUUCUCGCCGCGGAAGCCGAGGAAGAGCGUCGUCUCCUGGAGGCGCAAGAAGGGGCUCCUGCCUUAGCGCAGGAACUGGAACACGACGAGAACACCGACUGGCUUCGGGGUGGUGAAUGGCCGCGAUGGUUUGCACAACGUCCUCUCGCACUGAUUGUGGCAGCCAGUCAACAACCAUCUCCUCAUGGGGAUCACGACCUCAUGUUGGGCACUUGGUGUGGGCGGGACUGCAUUAGCUCGGCGGCCGAGAAGCGGACAUUAAAGCGUCUUAUUCAAGCGACUAAUCUCGUCUUUUCUCGCUGUGCUGAGACGUUACAAGAUACGCCCCGUAUCCUCCGAUAUUGGCUCUGGAGCUGGUCGUCCACAUACCUCCCAUACCCGUUCGCGAUGGUUCAACGCGAAGCGACUAAACGUCGCUACUAUAGUUACUUUCAACGGUUCUUGUGCUACGUGUACCGAAUUUGGCUCCUGGCGACUCAUGUGCAUGCGGAGACAGUCGACGUUACUGGACUGCAGCUAACCGCCAGCCAAAAAGUGAUGAUGCGGCAGGUGUGGAACGAGUUUGCCAGUUUGCCUCGUGGUUUGGAGAUUCAAUGUAAUAGCGAGCCUAUAGAGAUAUCUUUGGAGGAUAAUGCGCCGCUUAUCAAGAAUCUCUUUCAGCUCAUAAUUAUGUUCUGGACUGAUCUCUCGACGGAUAGGACGAUAAGUCACAAUGCUGUGGUGCACUACUCUGAUGUGUUGGGCAUCCUACCCAAUGUGAUACUGAGGGCAUUGUCCUUACCCUUCCUCUUUAGGCAAUCAUGA